UAGGUGUAUCAACCGUAGCACCGCAAAUCGGCGGAGCAAUUUAACAUGCUGAGGUUAAUUUUAAUCGCGGCUCUGGCGAGUGGAGGCUUAGGAUCCCUGGUCAAAAGGGACACCGUGUCGGAUUUCGGCCUCACGCAGGCAGAAAUAGAUGACCUUGUAAAGAGACACAAUGAUGAACGAGUCAAGGCGGGUGCGGAAGACAUGAACUUGUUGGUCUGGGACAACGAUCUUGCAGCAGACGCCAUGUACUGGGCAAAAAAGUGCAUCUUUGACCACGGACAACCCUCAACCCCGAAAUACACAAAAGGCACGGUUGGACAGAACCUAGGCUACACCACAAACUCAGGCACGCAAAAGUGGGAACCUUUUAUCAAAUGGAUGGCAGAAUCCGACUACUACGUGUUCUCCUCCAAUCAGUGUUAUUACCCCCCAUGCGGCCAUUAUACACAGGCUAUGUGGUCCACUCACGAGAGAGUGGGUUGUGCUUACUAUGAGUGUGCAAUGAUGUUGACAAAAAAAGGUGAAAACCUGGACCCGAAUGCUAAAUACCUGGUCUGCAACUACUCGCCAGCGGGCAACAUUGACGGGAGCAAGCCGUGGACACCUGGCGAGCCGUGCAAUGGUUGUCCUUACUGCCAUGAAAAGCUCUGUGUCCCCAAGGAACAGUGCGAAAGUGGCGCCAUCAAAUGUGAAUGUCAGCGAAAGUGUGAGCAUUGCGGGUCGGUGACGGAUGACUGCAAGUGUAUAUGUCCGGAGGGGACUCACGGGGAAUUUUGCGAAUAUCUAUGUAGGAACAAGAAGAUAGAGUGUCCUAGCUUCACUAAGGCCGACUGCGAUAAAGAUGGAACUGGCACCCCAAAGGUCGUGUAUGACUUUUGUGACGUGACCUGCGAAAAAUGCACACAGAACACAAACACAUCGUGGACUUGUGGAGCUGAGAACUAUCAAAACACAUUCACCCGGUUUGCAAGCAAUCCGGAAUACGGCUAUAUGGUAACGGGGAGAAAUAACACCUAUUGUGCGUUCCCCUUCCGGUACAAUGGUAAAUACUACGAUAGUUGCAUCAAGUACGGGGACACCGAUUGGUGUUCUCUCUCCACUGAUUACGACAAGUACAAGACCUACGUCACGGGUUGCAGAAAAAUCAAGACAACGGGCGGAACUGGCAAUGGCGACAACUGCGUGUUUCCUACCGAGUACAAGGGGAAGUACACUCAGAAGUGCAUUGUGGACGAUAGUGAUACUACAAAAACGUGGUGUGGCACAACUGCCAACUACCCCGUCGACAAGAAAUGGGGAUACUGCGACCUGGCUGCGAGUGGUUUGUAAUAACCGUUCAGUCGAACCUGGCGGGAGGGACGGAACGUCCUUCCUUGGCGAAUACCGAAUACUAGCAUCCAAAACCUUAGACAUAUAGAUAUUUUGAGAUGCAAUAUCAAGGACAUUACUCAGAAAGGACAAUACCAUCUGACGUGCAUAUGUGUCUAUAUCAUGUAGUUCGAUGAUGGGAAUAAAUUCUCCGCGCAAACGAAAAUAAAA